UGGAGGUGGGGAGCGCUGCUGAACCUCGUGCCACCUCAAACUUCUUAAAUAUAACAUAAAACACUCAGGUUAGGAUUAAUGUCAGGAUGCAGCCGCCUCCAAGGAAGGCAUUGUGUAAGAUCGCUGCCAACUACCAGAACCGCAAAAUUGCUUGCGUACCGGACAUUAGGCUGGAAGAUGGUUCAGAGGCAUGGAAUGUGUACAGCGUGUGGCGGACGGUACUGGACGAGACGGAGAAGUUGGGGAAGGCGAGACUCGCAGCCGUCGAGGUCUUCCAGCAGAAUAUUUCGGAGGACGCGAAGCUCACCCGCCAGAAUAAGAUCCACCUGGCUAAGAAGUUUUCAGACCAGCUGAAGGUGAUCCAGAGCGAGGUGCAGACGCAGGUGCAGGAGCUGGACCGCACCAAGAAGGUUUACUACGAUGAGGAACACGUGGCCCACGACGCUAGGGAGAAGGCUAGCGCCGCCGAGGAGAAGAUUAUCCACCGGUUAAAGAGAAAGAAAGGUUCUAUAUUCCAGUCCAUACAGUCACUACAAAAGAACAGCGCUAAGUUCUCAGCGAAGCGUGACGCUUGCGAUGAGAAGUCUGCAGGUGCCCGCAACGAUUACCUCCUCAGCCUGGCCUCUGGGAACGCCCAUCAGCGGCGCUACUACGAGAUCGACUUCGAAAGAUUUCUUCGGACGCUGGAGUGCGACAUGUAUGAUAAAGUCGCCGAGUACUUGACACUGAUGAGUCGCACGGAGCUCCUUACUUGCUCUGCCUCUCAGUCUUCCUUCAACAAGAUCAAGGAGCAGGCAACCACAAUCACACGAGGCUACAAUCUCCGCUGCUACCUGACCUUCUACCCGAUGCUGGGCCAGAACAUCCAGUACGACUUCGAGCCAUGUGAUAGUGACAACAUUGAUAAGAUUACCGUCCACGACGACACCACUCAAGCCGUUCUCGAGUCCGAGAGCAGAAAAUGCGUCACCACCAUACAGAAGGAAGUCAAGGUGAUUCGCGAGGCCUCCAAAAAGAUUCAGAAGCUGGGUGUGGCGGGUCGACACGAGACGGAGCUGCCCCCAGACGUGGAAUUCAAGCUGGAUGAACUAAAGAACAUUAUCCGGAAGGCGGAGACUCACAAGGCCAAGGCCGAGGCCAGACUCGAACUUAUCAAAGAGGGGGGAAUUGAGAUUGAGGACUACUCCAAGAGCUUGGACAGUGAUAGUCUGGGGGUGGAUCUUGACACCUCGCUCAGUCGGUCCGGAUCCACGCUUUCCGUCAGGGAGGAGUUGGAGGCCGGAGGAGGAGACUUCGACGGGGAGCAUGCCGAGACGGAGACCGUGACGAGCAACUCUGCAGCAGAGCCUGUGUCUCUUGACUCAGGCAAGGAGGACUACACACAGUCACAGGAAGAUGGAAAGGUUGAACCGAGCAUGUGGGACCCCACCAGUGUGGACUGGGGGGAUGUUCCUGCCUCACCACUCCCCCCCAUCACAAACGGUCCCCCCGAGGACCAGGCCGCGUACCCCAAGUGUACCGUCUUGUACAAUUACACCGCCCAGAACCCAGACGAACUUACCAUCGUUGAGAACGAAGAGCUGGAGGUCAUGGGUGAAGGAGAUGGAGAUGGCUGGGUCCAGGCCAGGAACUACAAGGGCGAGGUUGGGUUCAUCCCGCAGAACUACAUCGAGACGGAUGAGAGCGGCUCAACGGCCGCCAACGCUGACUUCGCCAACUUCCCUGAGCCCGGAGCUGAGGACAGCAUGACGGGAGAACCAACAGCCUCCAGCGCCGCUGCUGAAGGAGCACCACAGAGGGGCAUCUCCUUCUCCUCUGUUGAGUACAACCUCGAGACGGAGGAGGAGGAGUUGGCAGCUCCUGUGUCUUUCUCCUCCCUGGAUUACAGUUUCGAGGGUGGAGAGGAGUAUAAGGGAGGAGAAGAGUACUCAUGUGAGCCUCCUGACGACCUACCGCCCCCACCACCACCACCUCCAGCAGCAGCAGCAGCAGCAGGAGGGGAUGACCACAAGGCUGCUCUCCCAAGACUCUCUCUGCCUGUAGAUGCUGACCAUCUUUCACUUGUGGAGCACUGCCGGGCCAUGUACGACUACGAGGCUACGUGUCCCGAAGAGAUCUCCUUCUCCGAGGGACAGAUCAUCAGGAUUCUCAAGCGGUCUGUCCACGACGUUGACGACGGGUGGUGGGAGGGCGAGGUGGAUGGUCAGCUUGGACUCUUCCCUUCACUGGUCGUCGAGGAGUGUCGCUCGGAUGGUGAACCACUCACCCCUGAUGUGUUCACGUUCCAGGCCAUCUCUGGGGCGUCGCCGUGCACCACGCCGCCCCCUCACACCCCACCUGAGGUGCCGGGCUUCCUCCUGCCUCCAGAGAGGGUCAUCAUCACGCAGCCAACGCCGGUGCUGGAGACAGCUGAAGAGGAUGAAGAGCAGGAGCAGACGAAUGACGCCGAAGCAACACCAUCCAACUACGAGCCUCCUAACUUCGAGUUGGAGCUGAGUGGAACGCAACAACAGCAGUACUCCCGACAGUUCAGCUCCUCCCCCGACAGCGAGACGACCGAGAAGGAUCACCAGUACGCUGAACUUGUCUCCAGUCCCGACGUCUCCAACCAGGAGGCUGGUGACCAGACGACCCACAGGGAAGAGAAAGAGCCGUCGACUACCACCUCUCCUGACGUCGAUGAAGAGGACGGAGAGGGUGACGUGGAGCGGAGUGAGUGGGACCCCUCAGCCUCCACCACUCCUACAGAUAAUGUGGAGGGUGUUGAUCUCGAGCCCUGGCUCGACGAAGUGGACCCAGAGGCCACCAACACUCCCGACUCUCUUGAAGAGGGAAGUGAUCUCCUGCGGGCACACGUAGUGGAGGUGUGCGAGCCUCCAGAGUCCCCACCUCUCCCAGAACCUCCCAAACAGGAGUGUGAAGGCUCUGACCACUUUCCUCCUGGCGAAAAGCCUCCAGAAUCUACUCCCCUGAUAGUGGAGGAACCAUCAGAACCUACUCCCCUGAUAGUGGAGGAACCAUCAGAACCUACUCCCCUGAUAGUGGAGGAACCAUCAGAACCUACUCCCCUGAUAGUGGAGGAACCAUCAGAACCUACUCCACCAAAACUGGAGGAACCUUCAGCACCUUCUCCACCAAUAGUGGAGGAAACACCAGCACCUCCUCCCCUGAUAGUGGAGGAACCAUCAGAACCUACUCCACCUAUAGUGGAGGAACCAUCAAAACCUACUCCACCGCCACCACCUAAAGUGGAGGAGCCUCUAGAGGUGGCAGAGCAGGGCGUGGCAGGCAAGAGGACGACUAGCAAGAAGAAAAAGAAGCGAUCCAAACUUCCAUUUGAGCAGGGCGACAGUGGCGACGGUCUUGGCGUGGCGCAGAUCAUCAUCACUGCGGCGACUCCAAUGGUGGAGACACAGGAGGAGGACAUCGGCGGCGCUGGCGAGGACUCGAGGGCCGAGGCCGACCAAGACCCGCUGGAUAGUCAACACCCAGAGGCCGAGCGCUCCGAGUGCGAGGGGGAGGCACUGGUGCUUGACGACGAAGGCCGACAGCCCCCACCGCCUCCAGCCCCCGAGGGGCCCAUGGAGAUGCGGAUGGAGAUGGUGGGUGCGGAGGGCGGCAUAGGAGACUUGGAAGGGGAGCGAUCACCCUCACCCAAGUCUCCAAGCCCGAGUGACGGUCCACCUGAACUUGACCCGGAGAAACUCAAAGCCUUAGAGAGAAUUAAGGAAUCAAAUGCCUAAUGCUAGAUUUUGGCCGCUAGUUCAGUGACAGCCUGGUAGUCACAGCUGUUAGGAGACUGCCCACCAACACUUAACACAAGUUUGUAAUAUACGACACCAUAAUCACUCCGUGGUGCAGUGUGUGUGUGUUAUAACCGAAACAUCGCGGUAACAUGCGAGAUUCCUUUGAUGUUAUGCGGAACCAAGCAGAAAAUACUCACACGUGUAGGCCUACUUACAUGUAGGUCAUUAAACUUCAUACCGCACUUAUUAAAAGAUCUUGAAGAAACACAAUAGUACGCUGUUGGCCUUAGAGACCACCUCAGUUUCACAUAACGUGCACAAGUCAAGUUAACGAAACGUCAGCUUGAAUAAUAUGGAUAGUAGGCCUAAAGGCCUAAAGUGAGCGUGGAUCCGUCCCACUUUGAGUGGACGGCAGGACAGAAGGUCGAGCGACGAUGGACAGUGGUGCCAAAGCCGUCGCCCAAGAAAUACCGGUCUGGUAUAAAAUGCAAUUGUACAAGAGGUGUUUGUCCCUAUUAGAAGUCUAUAACAAGCUAACUGUAACGUUUUGGUAACAUUUGUGAAUACCUCUAACUCUCUCUCUGUGUACUAGUUCCCUGUGAACCUAUGCAUAAUUUUGCUGACGUAACAUUUUCUUUAAAUUUUCAUAUCAAAUUUAAUAAUAAUUUUGUCUUCAUUUAAGCGUGUGCAGGUUUACUCUUUCAUUCAAUUAUCAUGUUUUCCUUUCGGAAGGAAGACCAGUGUACAUACAUCAUCCCAGGAGGACAUGUACACAUACAUCAUCCCAGGAGGACAUGUACACAUACAUCAUCCCAGGAGGACAUGUACACAUACAUCAUCCCAGGAGGACAUGUACACAUACAUCAUCCCAGGAGGACAUGUACACAUACAUCAUCCCAGGAGGACAUGUACACAUACAUCACCCUAGGAGGACAUGUACACAUACAUCAUCCCAGGAGGACAUGUACACAUACAUCAUCCCAGGAGGACAUGUACACAUACAUCAUCCCAGGAGGACAUGUACACAUACA